GCAUGGAUUAAUACAGAGGUCCUCUUGCAAUGUUAAUUGCUUAUUGUCUGGAAUUAUUUUUGUUUUUCAAGCAAUGCAUUUUUAUGAUUAACACACUAUCAAGCUUUUUUAGGUGCUGUUUGGUUUUUCACAGUAAAUCUGAGUGUGCAAGUCCCCAAGGAGAGUGUGGUGUCAGUAAUUCAUGCAGAAUUUCUUUUUCUUUUUGUCCAACAGUCGCACAACUACUUGUGAGGCUUGAUUGCAUCCUCAAGUAGAACAGUGUCCACAAGAACCCACCACAAAAAUAGCUAUAAAAUAGUUUGGUUAAAACUAUGUGCGUUUUCCCACUUAAUAAGGCUUUAUGAGUGACAGCAACAAAAGGAAAGCACCACUAGUAAGGCUGUUAUCCUCUUACAACAUCUUACAGGUAAAACCUGAUCAGCUGUACAACAGUAACUAUAUUUGUGUAAUUGUAUGCAUGAUUUGCAUGACGUGUUGAAGGAAAAAUUAAAAUGUAAAUAAAAGGGUGGGCCGUGGCAAUAGAAACUAAUCGUAAUGAUAAUAUUAAAACUAAGGAAUAGUUUGCUUUUUUGUUUAGUAAGAAAAUUCUCUUUAAUUGCUGUCCUGCACAAGAACAAAAAUUGGAAUUAAUUACAUUUUAUGUGAUAUAUUGUUUAGUCUUAUUCUCACACAUUUAUUUUAUUUAUUGACACAUCUUCUUGUUUUUUGGUUCUGGCUCUUUAUUGCCGUCUGUCCCCAUUUGCUGACCUUUUCUUGGUAUGUUCUUAGUUGAAAACUUGCCAGAGCUGUUGAGUCAGUCCCUCCACUGACGUCUUAGUCAUAAAGUUCUUCCUAAAACAUUAGCACACUGAGCCAAGGGUGUUUUCUUAAUUCCUCAUAGAUUUUCAUCUCAGAAAUGCAAAUUAAGGUCAAACUGUUGGGAACUCCUUGCAUCAGCUAUGCUAUAUUUCAUCACCAUAUCCUUGUGGUAGUGUAUGAAUGUAUGAUAUAAGGUUCCUGGUUAAAAUCAAAAUGUAGACAUCACAGUAACAUAAUAAGUGUUAUGCAGUGCUGGCUUGCUGACCUUUCCUGGGUCCAUGCUGAUGACAGAACUUUCAACCCUAAUGUUCCUCUAGAGCAACGGUUCAUGAACUGAAACGGGUUCAUAUUUCAACUAGGGCUGCAACUAACGAUUAUUUUAAUAAUCGAUUAAUUGGCCGAUUAUUUUUUCGAUUAAUCGAUGAAUUGGAUAAAAAAAACAUUUUUAAUUUCUGCCUCUUUAUUUAGAAAUAGAAGAUUAGGAAUGACAGAACAAAUAAGAUCAUUGUAGUGAAGCCUUCGUCUUCAACCAUCAGAGGCCUCAUGUCAGUGACGGUCAUGUUGAGGAUGCUCUCAGUCAGACAGCUGCUUGCUGUGGUGGACAUGAUGUCUUUCUCAUCAUAAAGCCUGUUAAUGUAAUUCAUCCUGCCUCACUCCAACACAGACCAGUGUCUUCACUCAGAUGUUGUCAAAAAAUUAAAACUUGAGGCUUAAUCUUCAAAUUAUUACCACUAUAGUGUGCAAGUUAUGUUUAUUUAUUAUUUGUUAUGUUUAUUUGUAAUGCAUAUUCAAACCAUUCUUUAGCUGAUGAAAGUGAAAUAAAACCUAUCUCUCACAGUCACACACGCCCCAUCUCAGUCAUUAAUCAGUUAAUAAGCUAACCCUGUAACCCCUCAGACAAGCUACCAGAAAGACUGAUAUUACGUUUCCUCACUUUAAAACGGAACAAAUGUAGGAUAAUGCAGUGACUUAAGGUGCAUGUCCACUAGAUACGACACAUCGCAUGUGGCCGGUUGGUGCGUUUCCAGCUGCGAUCCGGUGUGUUUACCUGCAGCUCAUUUUUAUAAAGUAGACUCGACUUCUACUGUCCUUAAACAUCUAAAGUAGCCGUCGGUGAACUAAAACCAGGACCGGUUCAGCUGCUGCACAGAUUAUUUCUCGCCUCAAAUGCUUUAGAAAUACUUUUCCCUGAAGUGUUUUCGAAAUAAUAGAGAAAGUUUGCGGCCCAGCCGCUGUGUUUAACAGACUCAUCUACUGGACCGUCAAGCUGAAAGCGCGGUCACGUGACCACGUAGUGGCCCGCUCGUGACCGUCCGGCAUCAGUGCGAUUUUCAGAUGCGUGCAUUCGCAUGUAGUGAACACGCAGCAUGCCUUUGUUUUGUGAAGCGUGAAAUGCUCCCAUACUUUUGAGCACUUCGGUCAAACUGUUUUCUCCGUGCUGGUCAUGUUUCAUUUGUUGAAUUUACUUCCCUUUGAAAAUACCUCCUCUGCUCUGCCUCCACCUCACUCUGUUAAACUCGCUCUGCAGGUGAAGUAGACGACUCCGUAACAUGACGAGCAUGAAUCGCGCGACACAACGAAUCGAUAAUGCAAUUCGUUGCCAACGCUUUUAAUAAUCGAUUAUUAUCGAUUUUAUCAAUUCGUUGUUGCAGCGCUAAUUUCAACAGAGGACAGAAAUAUUGUUUCAUGUGUGGUAUCCCAGUUCUAAGUUGAAAAGUGACUAUAUGUUUUCUGUUGUUUCUUUCGAAGCUGUAAGCAUUUUAUUUAUUCUCUGGCAGAUAUCCAGACUUGACUGUAAAGACGUACUGGAGAUCACAUGUAAUUUGGAAACAGAGGGGGAGGAGAAUACAGCUUUCAUUCUGUGCACAACUUUCCUGACACAGCAGCUACAACAACAGAGUCUUUACUGCUCCUGGGAGUUAACUCUAUUGUGGAGUAAGCUUCAGAGGAGACUUGACCCUUCAUUGGCCUCUCUUCUGGAACGAUGCCUUCAGCUAGGAGCCAUUGCCAAAACAGUCCACCAUUUGCUUUACCUGGUCCGUGUGAUUCACACUGAGGCAGAGGAACUGGGGAUACCUGCCUCAGUAGAACUGUGUGUCAAAGCCCUUCAACUUCCAAAGCAAGAUGACUCAGAAACAAGGAUCUCUGUCUGUAAGACAGUGUCCUGCCUUCUUCCAGAUGACCUUGAAGUGUUGCGUGCCUGCCAGCUCACAGAGUUCCUGCUUGGCCCGAUCCAAGAAGCCUACAGCCGUCUUGAAGAGCUCUACCAACGCCCUGACCAAAAAUAUGACCAGGAAAGUGAAGUUAUCCCCAACUCACUGCGCUGUGAGUUGCUACUCGCACUGAAAGCACACUGGCCUUUUGACCCUGAAUUCUGGGACUGGAAAACUCUUAAAUAUCACUGCACCUCCCUUCUUGGCCUGGAACCCGAGUCAGACAGAGAAGAGGAAGAGGCAUUAGACAAACAAGAGAACUUUAAACAUAAUGACCUACUGGGAAUCACAUUGAAAGUAGAAUCUGAGCACCAAAGUAGGAUAAAUGGAGGUCUUGAUGAUGAUGAGCAACAGGAUCAAAAGCCGUAUACUAACCAAACAGAAAUCAAAGGAGAAUCCAACACGAAGCUGAAGUUUUGCUGUCAGAUUUGUAAGAGGUCAGUCACUGACACCCAAAUCGUUCACCACUCCAAAAGACAUGCAGAGGACAACAGCCACCCCUGCCCUGUUUGCCUGGAAAAGUUUGAGAGCAGAAAGGAACUCGUUCCUCAUCUGAAAAAUCACAUUCAGAGUGAAGCACAUCUUGACAAAACAGUUAAAACAGAGGAUGUGCCAAAACCAAUAGAUGAGGAUGAUGAUAUUGAACCCGGUGAGAUCACCAUCGACCCUUCCUUAAUGCUGUAUUACAAAUCCACGCAUGAUCCAGACGUGUUGCAUCACAUUGUGCAACAAUCCAAAACAGUCAAAGAGAAGCGUGUGGACGAUGACGAGUACGUAACAUUUGAUUACAUUGACCACCACUUCAAACUUCAAAACCGGGAUGAGUAUCCAUGUCCAGGAACUGGAUGUACUCGGAUUUUUAAACAUUCCAAGUACUUGUAUGUCCACUUAAAGUCAGAGCACAAAGGUGAUGAGAAUGUGAAAUAUUUUCAACAGAUGCGAGACAAACGGGAGAAAUGUGUCUUCUGUAGACGUCAUUUUGUCUCAGCUUACCACCACCGCAAACACAGAAGAGUCCACUAUGGUGAUCGGCCAUACACUUGUGUGGUUACAGGUUGUGGUGCACAGUUUAGCUCUUCCAACGAACUUGUCACACACAAGCAGACCCACGGUUAUCAGCUCAACUACCAGUGUGAGCUCAAAGGCUGCUAUAUCACCUACUCUGACUUAGGUCAGAUAUAUCACCAUGAAGCACAGCAUUUCAGAGACGCAGCAUUUACCUGCUCCAGCAGUGAAUGUCAGAAAUACUACUUAUCCAAAAAGGAAUUUAUUAAACAUUUAUCCACACACAACAUAACUUUCUCUGAAGAUGACUUUGAGGCUCAGAGGAAGGCAAAGCGGAAACUUUUUAAGACUGUUACCGAAGCAACAGCCCGCCUUAGUAAGUCAAUAGAUUCAGAAGACAAUGUAAAUGGAGAUAUCCUAAACUCUUCAUCAGUUAGCUGUGCCUCCUCUUUGCAAGAGACGGAUUGCAAGGAGCCCAAAACAACAAUGACCUUGGUGGCUGUGUGUUUUGAUGGAAGUAAGUUCACUUGUGGUUUUGAGAAGUGCGGAAUGACUUUUUCCAGAGCCAGAGAUGUCCAGCGACAUCUGAAAUGUGCUCACCCAGAACAUCUUAAACUGGAGAACAAAGAACACAAACAUGACAAAGAGCAGGGCUCCAAGUCCAAAGUGGUAAAGACUGAAACUGAGCCAGACAGCGAAGAAAAGGGAAAAAAUGAGCCCUCAACUCCAUUUCAACCCGUGGAAGCUGGCAAAGAAAGAAAGACGUCCACUCCACCCCAAAGCAAUGAAACAGCCUCUUUAGGCCUUCAGACAAAAAAUGAUGCUCUCAAAGAAAUUCUUAUUGGGCUGAGUAAACUGGACCUAAAUUCUUCAUCGCCUCACAGUUUGCCAAGUGAGCCCCCUCAGUCUAACCCAGACUCAAACGCUUCACAAAUGUCUCUUCAUCAGGCAAUUAUGGCGAAGCCUCCUGUUGUAUUACUUCAGAAGAGACCACAUCUGCCAGAGGAAAAGGUAAAAAUCCAAAGUGAACAAGCAUCAACAACAAACGAAGAAAGCACGGUUGAAUCAUUAGCCACUGCUAAGCCAUAUAUCUGUGAAAUGAAGGGCUGUGGCUUUAGGACUGCCCAAAGUUACAGUUUGCUGCGACACUAUAACAACAAACAUGGCCGUACCAUUGAGCAAGCCAGAAGGUUGACUUCUUUGAAAACCACCGCUUUUAAGCCUUAUGUGUGUCACCUUUGUUCCAAGAGUCACAGACAAAAACAUGUGUUGAGGGCUCACUAUAUUCAGAUCCAUAACCUGAAUGAGUCUUUCGUGGACAAAAUAAGCUGUGCAUCUGUGCGGUACGAGGGAAGCAAAGAGCCCACAUCUCAAACAAAGCAAACCUCUCAGGCCAUGAUGAACCACGGUCUAAACAUGAAGAAGAAAGAGGUGCCGAAGUUGCAGCGCCAACAUGAGGCAAAAAACUCAACAACACUAAGUGAAAAUGGACAAAACUUUAACAAUCAUUCCCAAUCUGAGGAGGAAGGAGAGGAUGAAGCAGAGAGUAGAGAGGAAGACAGCGAACAGAAGGAGGAGAGUGAGGAUAAGACCACACAGCAGGUCAGAACGACAAGACGCUUGGUAGCCAAAAGUAAUCUGUGCUACAUACUGGAUAAGUUCAGUAAACCCUUUCAUUGUGUGGCAAAAAACUGUGAUGCAGCUUUUUCCACUCAGGGAGGCCUUGUGCGCCACCUACAGUUAGUACAUCAUUACAACCGCUCUCAGCUCUUGUUGGAAAAGGAUUUUGAUGUGCCCCACAGUCCAGAAGUCAGGAAAGAGCCCGCCAAGAAAAGGCCUCCACCAAGCUCGGAUGAACCUCAGCCCCAAUACAAAUGUCAUUUUGCAAACUGUAGCGCCUCCUAUCAUCUUAAAAGCAGCCUAGUGCGUCACACGCGUGAUUACCACUCGCAACCACCUGAGCUGAUAAGGUGCAAAUAUGAUGGCUGCACAAGAGUGUUCAGCCACGAUGAUGCACUUAAAAAACAUACACUUUAUCGUCACUGUGAAUACUAUGAUUCACUGGUGGUACGUCUACAAAGCACUCACAAAAAGUCAGUUACUGGAUGCCAAAAAAAGCUCAUAGUUACACCACAAAGCCCUCUGAAAGAAGAACCUGGUUCACCCACCACACAGGCUGAGAGAUUGAGUCCAAAGCCUGAAACAACAGCCCAAUCAGAAGAAAUGAGUAAUGAGGGUCUUGAGCAGAAGAAAGUGUCAGGAGAAAAAAAGAAAGAGAGAAGAAACACUUUUAAUCGUUUUGUCUUUAGAUCUCAUGAAGAAGCACUACAAAUGUGCCAAGACCGCUGCCUGCGUGUGGCCUAUCCGUGCAUGGUUCAGGACUGUGAUUCUGUCGUCACUUACAUGCACAGUUUGAACCGUCACUACCUGAGGGUUCAUCGCAUGCGUCGAGAGGAUCUCGUUAAAAAUGAAGAUAAGCUUGUUUUUAAUGCUGAGCAGCUUGAGGAGCUGAUUCAAAGGAAGUCGGCAAGGCCAACUGUCACAGGGGCGUGUACCCCUAAUGGAGUUCGCAAAAUGGAGUACCAGGCAGAGCCAGAACACACAGGGGGGCAACCUGCACCCAUGAGCCUACACUCUAUCAAGACCGAAACACAGGAUGAGGAUAAUCAUGAUCCGCUGGGAUUCCCAGAGGAGGAAGAGGAGGAGCUGCCACCUGUGGAGAGAAAUGGGGUCCUGGUUGGUGCAGAUGAGGUGCUUUAUGGUGAACCGAGCACAGGUGGGCACGCUGAAGACUCAGCUGCAGGAACACAGAACAGUCAGAAACAGGAGGAGAGAUUAAGCUUGGAUAAAAUCAAACCUCUUCUCCGCCCAGUCACUGUUGACCUCUCACCACCAUGUUCGCUGCGCUUUACUACUGAAGAGGGCUUCCAAGACACAUCAAGCAUCAAAGAUGGUGGUAAAAUGGUAAACGGGUCCGCUCCGUGUCCCACUCUUCCAGUCCGCCAGCCACUGAAACGAAAAAAUGAACUGUCUGAACAGCCUUCCAAUGUAAAAGACGCCCAACCUGAUAGUCCUUCUUCGCACCCUUUUGACAUUGCUGCAUAUAAGCCUAUGGGCUUUGAGUCCUCAUUCCUGAAAUUCAUACAAGACACAUCCCCAAAAGACAAAAGCAUGGCAGCAGGGAAACGGCGAGACACUUUCAGGCGCAGUUGUUCCGUCAAGGAGAACAACCAACUGGGAAUCUCUCACACUCGCAGCAGACGCACUCAUUCCCCACUGCUGAAGCCCCACGCUAUGACUGGGGACUUCACAUCAGUCCAAAACUUGAAGUCCAUCCUGGACAAAGCACUGGCUGGGUGUGGGGACCUGGCCAUUAAGCAGCUUCAGUACCUCAGACCUGUGGUGGUCCUGGGGAGACCAGUGUCCACCACCACCCUGCCUGACCUCUUCCCAUCAGACACCAACAACAGCAAACUGCUUCUUGGAAGCUAGUUUAACUGAGCACCUUUUUAACAUGGCUAUGGCAAAUUACUAUGUAUUUUCACAAGCUAUGUAUCAGUAUUUUUAUUUCUCCCUGCAAUGAAGGUGUUUCGUUUUUCGCUAUUUGUUUUUUAAGUUGCCAAACUGAAGCGUUGUAGAAAUUAGCAUAAGAUAAAAAUGAGCUUCAACAGUGGGCAUCAGAUCCUGUUUGAUUGUUUUAUAGACAUUUGUUAUGAAAGCAUUGAGAUAACGCCUAUUAUGUUAAUUCCUGAUCACAAGUGUAUAUACUGUAGUUCUCCAAGAUAAAUGUACAGCUUUUCAGAUUGUUAGAAAUGGUCAGUAGCGUAUUGCAAGGCCUUUUCACUUUUGUGAAAACGUGACUAAAAGUAUUUCCUUACAAAGUUCUCGAAGAAUUUGUUUGUUUAAUUUUUCACCUCAGUUUAUAUUAAAUAAGUGUUGGGAUGCAGUGGACAGAUGUUGGCAGACAUGUAUGUAACACUUUCUAAUGAAAUAAAUGUGGAAAUGAAUACAGA